AUGGCUCUCAACCUAUUUGCUUCACUCCCUAUCUGCAAUUUCCUAAGAGCAGCUCUCCCAUCUAGAGGUCCCACCCAUUUCAAAUCACUUGUAACAAGCAGAAGUGACAUUGUUCCUAGUUCUGUCCAGUGCAAGGUCUCCAACAAAAUUUCAAGUAGUAAUGAUAUUGUUCGGCGAUCAGCUAAUUACCAACCUCCCAUUUGGGACUAUGAUUACAUUCAGUCACUGAGAAGCGAGUACCUGGGAGAAGAGUACACAGGGCAAGUUAACAAGUUGAAGGAACAAGUGAGGAUGAUGCUUCACAAAGUGGUGGGUCCUUUAGAGCAAUUGGAGCUAAUAGAUACUUUGCAAAGAUUAGGAUUGUUUUAUCACUUUGAGAGUGAAAUGAAGAGAAUCUUGGAAGCUCUAUACAACAAUGAUAAUUGUGGUGAUACAUGGAAGGAGGAGAAUUUAUAUGUCACAGCUCUUAAAUUUCGACUGCUUAGACAACAUGGAUAUAAGGUGUCCGAAGAAGUUUUCAAUAGUUACAUGGAGGGAGGCAGUUUUAAGAGAUAUCUUUGUGAUGAUACCAAGGGAAUGCUAUCCUUGUAUGAAGCGUCAUUCCUUUCAAUAGAAGGUGAGAAUAGCUUGGAUGAAGCAAGAGAAUUCUCAAAAAAACAUCUCCAAGAAUUUGUCAACCAUAAUAACGAUCAAUAUCUUUCUACCAUGGUGAGCCAUGCCUUGGAGCUUCCACUACAUUGGAGGAUAUUAAGAGUGGAAGCGAGAUGGUUCAUUGAUGUAUAUAGGAGCAAAGAAGACAUGAAUCCUAUCAUGCUUGAGCUUGCAAAACUGGAUUUCAACAUAGUGCAAGCAACCCACCAGGAAGAUCUCAAACAAGUGUCAAGGUGGUGGAGGAGCAUUGGCCUAGGAGAAAAGCUAAGCUUUGUGAGAAAUAGGCUGACAGAGAAUUUCUUCUGGACAGUGGGGUGUACAUUUCAUCCUCGGUUUGGUUAUUCUCGAAGAAUCUCAACAAAGGCCAAUCUAAUCAUUACGGUAAUAGAUGAUGUUUAUGAUGUGUAUGGCACUUUGGAUGAACUUGAGCUCUUCACGGAUGCUGUUGAGAGUUGGAAUAUCAAUGCAAUGGAUGGGCUCCCAGAUUAUAUGAAGAUGUGUUUCCUUGCUCUACAAAAUUUAGUUAAUGAAAUGGCUUUUGAUACACUUAAGGAACAAGGAUUCCACAUCAUUCAAUAUUUUAAAAAAUCAUGGGAAAAUUUAUGUAGAGCUUAUUUGUUGGAAGCAAAGUGGUACUAUAAUGGAUAUACCCCUAGCCUUCAAGAAUACCUUGAUAAUGCAUGGGUAUCAGUGUCAGUGCCAACUAUACUAUUGAAUACUUAUUUUUCAGCCACAAAUCCAAUAACAAAGGAAGCCUUAGAUUUCUUCGAAGAAUGCCCCAACAUAAUACGUUGGUCAUCAAUGAUUAUACGACUUGUAGAUGAUCUUGGAACAUCUAAGUUUGAGUUAGAAAGAGGUGAUGUCCCUAAAUCAAUUCAAUGUUACAUGAAUGAAACUGGUGCUAGUGAAGAAGAUGCCUAUGAAUACAUUAGGUGUUUGAUUAGUGCAAUAUGGAAGAAGAUAAAUGAAGAACGAGCUGAGACUUCUCCCUUCUCUGACACAUUUAUUGAAAUUAUAUUCAACAUUGUAAGGGUGGCCCAUUGCAUGUACCAGUAUGGAGAUGGACAUGGUGUUGGAAAUCACGAAACUAAGGAUUGUUUAUUAUCAUUAUUUGUUCAGCCCAUUCCACUACAAAGAGAUUGA